CCGCAACUGUGCCUGCUCCCGUUUGUCUAGCUUCUAUGCCGGUGCAUGUGGGGCCCUUUCUGGCUCUUGGGCUUCCCUUGUGCUCCCAUGCAGAGAGAGGUCCCCGGGGGAGGUGAAGCCAGCUGAGAUACAAAAACAAGGAGCAAAUACUCGGUCUCCAAGAUGGCGGACUGGGAAUACGAGACAGGUGGUCCCAGAUCCUCCGUGCCGGAUGAGCUGUCCCAUCCCCAGUCCAAGUAUUCUCAGUGGAAGCUCAAACUGUUUAGGGUGAGGUCCAUGGAGAAAGCCCCGCUGCCCGUGGAGACGCAGACUGAUAAAGAGGAGGCAUCAGGGGGCUCUUUGAGUGUAACUCCAAAUUUAGACAAUGGUUUGAGCCCGGGGAGUGUUAUGAGACUGUGCCUCGGGGGGAAGAGUAAGGAGAAUGUGGAGGGGCCUGGCCAGAGGGUGGAUCGGAAACUGCAGGAGAUGGACAUCCACAUGGACCACCUCAGAUGCCUGUGUCGUCUUUGUGGGACAGGUCUGAGGAAAGUCAAAGGGCCAGAACAUGAUGUUCACGGUGAUCUGGAUAAUGUGAGCAAAACUACGCUCCGUAAAAUGGGCUGCCGGUUCACCACCUGGCCAGAGGUCAUUCACAAAGUCUUUAAAGUGGACGUGACAGAGGACAUUGAAUCGGUGCAUCCUCUGUCUUUCUGCCACCGCUGCUGGAUGGUAGUGAUGCGAGGAGGAGGUUUUUGCAGCUUUUCCCGGACCAGAGUCCCAGAGUGGAAGCCUCACUCCUCCCACUGCAGCCUCUGUUCCCCUAGGAAGCCUUCGUUCCAACGGACUGGAAGGAAGAGGAGGACAGCGCUCCCCCGGGCUCACAGCUUGCCCAAACGGACCAGGUGGGAGUACAGUGACAGCAUUGUAAUUGGUGAGAGGCGACUUCUGAAACCGUUUGGCCAAAGUAACCACAGCUCAGCGCCUCGGGACUGUAAAAAAGCCAGUGUCCAGAGGGAGCAGUGGGUGCAGAAUAUCACCCAAUGUCAGAAGGAGCACCUGAGCGCCCAGCUGGUCUCUGGGGGCCUUCCAGUCGACUUCCUUUUUGCUUUCACCUGCUCUGUGUGUGACCACCUGCUCUCUGACCCGGUCCAGUCUCCCUGCGGGCACCUCUUCUGUCGCAGCUGUAUCACCAAAUACACUCACGCGCUGGGAUCCCGCUGCCCGGCCUGCAACUCAUCCUGUACCUCAGAUGACCUCUCCCCGCCUGCCAACUACUUCUUAUCAGCUCUACAUUCUCUUCCUCUGCUGUGCCCGCGAGGCUGCAGCGAGCAUGUGAGGCUGGACUCAUUUAAAACACAUUGUCUGGGUCACGAUCUGGGAGAGCAGAAGGAGAAGCUCUCAGAAGUGGACUACCUGCUAAUCAAUAAGGGGGGAAGACCUCGUCAACACCUGCUAUCACUAACACGACGCGCACAGAAGCACCGGCUGAAGGAGCUGAAGAACCAAGUAAAGGCAUUCGCGGAGAAAGAGGAAGGAGGAGAUGUGAAGGCUGUGUGUCUGACUCUGUUCCUGCUGGCUCUGCGUUCUGGAAAUGAGCACAGACAGGCUGACGAGCUGGAGGCCUUGAUGCAAGGCCGAGGCUUCAGUCUGCAUCCCGCCGUGUGCUUGGCCAUCCGCGUGAACACUUUCCUCAGCUGCAGCCAGUACCACAAAAUGUACCGCACCGUCAAAGCCACAAGCGGGCGCCAGAUCUUCCAGCCCCUGCACUCCCUCCGAGCGGCAGAGAAAGAGCUCCUGCCCGGCUUCCACGACUUUGAGUGGCAGCCAGCUCUCAAAAACGUCUCCCCGAGCUGCAACGUCGGGAUUAUUAACGGUCUCUCCGGGUGGAUGUCUUCUCUGGAUGAUGCCCCGGCUGACACCAUCACACGGCGUUUUCGGUAUGAUGUGGCGUUGGUGUCCGCGCUCAAAGAUCUCGAGGAGGACAUUAUGGAGGGGUUGAGAGACAGUGGACUGGAUGACAGCGUGUGCACCUCGGGCUUCAGUGUUAUGAUCAAGGAGUCGUGUGACGGGAUGGGCGAUGUCAGCGAAAAGCACGGAGGAGGGCCUGCCGUUCCGGAGAAAGCAGUUCGGUUCUCCUUCACUAUUAUGUCAGUGACUUUGGUGAAAGCUGACAGGGGGGAGGUGACCAUCUUCACUGAACCCAAACCGAACUCUGAGCUCUCCUGCAAGCCGCUCUGCCUCAUGUUUGUAGAUGAAUCUGACCACGAGACUCUCACGGCGGUCUUGGGGCCUAUAGUGGCUGAACGCAACGCCAUGAAAGAAAGCAGGCUCAUCUUAUCCAUCGGCGGGCUGGCUCGGUCAUUCCGCUUUCACUUCAGAGGGACCGGUUACGACGAGAAGAUGGUCAGAGAGAUGGAGGGGCUGGAGGCGUCUGGGUCUACUUACGUCUGCACGCUUUGUGACUCCACCCGAUCUGAAGCUUCUCACAACAUGGUUCUGCACUCCGUCACACGGAGCCAUGAUGAAAACCUGGAGCGCUACGAAAUGUGGCGCAAAAAUCCUUACUCUGAGUCUGUAGAUGAGCUUCGAGACAGGGUCAAAGGAGUUUCCGCUAAGCCGUUCAUGGAGACCCAACCGACUCUCGACGCUUUGCAUUGUGACAUCGGAAACGCAACGGAGUUCUACAAAAUCUUCCAGGAUGAGAUCGGGGAGGUGUACACGAAGGUUAACCCCAGCAGGGAGGAGCGGCGCAGCUGGAGAACGGCCCUGGAUAAACAGCUGAGGAAGAAGCUCAGGCUCAAACCAGUAAUGAGGAUGAAUGGGAACUAUGCCCGCAAGCUUAUGACCCAGGAAGCGGUGGAGGCGGUGUGCGAGCUGGUGCCCACAGAGGAGCGGAGGGAGGCCUUGAGGGAGCUCAUGAGGCUGUAUCUCCAGAUGAAGCCCGUCUGGAGAGCCACCUGCCCCGCAAAGGAGUGCCCCGACCAGCUGUGCCGAUACAGCUUCAACUCCCAGAGAUUCGCCGACCUCCUCUCCUCCACCUUCAAAUAUAGGUACAACGGCAAAAUAACCAAUUACCUGCACAAGACCCUGGCCCACGUCCCGGAGAUCAUCGAGAGAGAUGGGUCCAUAGGGGCCUGGGCCAGCGAGGGGAAUGAGUCUGCAAACAAACUGUUCAGGAGGUUUAGGAAAAUGAACGCGCGUCAGUCCAAAGUGUUUGAGUUAGAGGAUGUGUUGAAGCAUCAUUGGCUCUACACAUCCAAGUAUUUACAGAAGUUCAUGGAAGCACAUAAGGACUCAGCGAAAGCUCUGCAGGCAGUUUUUGACCCAGAAGAGGUUAGAGAUGAUGAAGAGCUGACUCUGGAUUUUACAGACUUUUAAUUAAUUGUUAGUUAGUUAAAGUUACUUUAUUUUGAACAUUUAAAUAUGUCAAGAUCAAUAAAUGUGAAGGUGAACACAUUUUUUUUUACUGUUAUCGAAACUAACAGUACUUUUCUUUUAUUUGAAGGUCAAGUUUUUAUAGCAUAUUGUAGCUAUCUGUAAAAUAAGUAGUGUUACUAGAAGAGUUCAUUUCCAAAAACAAAUAUCUGUGUUUAAAAAAAAAAAAAAAAUCACAAAAAUGCAGUUUUUAUUUUAUCUUUUACAUCAGGGGUCUCCAACCUUUCACUUUUCUUUUAUGUGUUGCAUGAAAUAGAGCUGAUAUAACUACCUUUAGAUGGAGAGUAUUUCGAUGCCUACAAACUAGGGAUGUAACGAUGUAAUCUCUUGGUACAAUAUCUUCACGAUAUGCAUCUCACGAUACGAUAUUUAUUGUGAUAUUUUGUGGAGGCAAAAACAAAACUGUUAAUAUGUUACUUUUUCCUCUUAAAAUGCUUUGACAAGACUUAAUCCAAAGCACUAAGAUUUAAAAAGGGCUUAUAAAAGUUAUUUCUUCAUGUAGUCUGCACUGAAAUGGAGCAAAGGACCUGCUGCACCAAAACUAUUAAUUUAAGCAUUUAAGAGUCUUGUAAUUCGAUAUAUUGUGAUGGUCCACGAUACUAUUGUGGGACCUUAGAUGAUACGAUAUAUACAAAAUUUUGGUUAUUGUUACAUCCCUACUAUAAAACAUAAACCAUAAAUCAAUAUAUUAGUGCACAAUAUUAGACAUUUACUAUGAUAACAGAUGUGAUUGAUCCAAUUUUAAUUAUUCAAUGUUUAACUUUUGGACUUGGACUGGAGUGCAGAGCUACUGAUAGUUCCAGAGCUACAGGUUGGAGACCCUUGUUUUACACAAAUUAUUAAUAACAACAACAGUAUGUGUGAGGAUUUUCUCAAAAGGGAAUGGAAUCAUAUUUUUAUUGACUUUUGAAAACACUGCUAGACAAAAAUAUUGAACUUUUACUUACUUUUUUACUUUUACUUACUUACUUUUUACUUUUUUUUUUUCUUCAGUUGGCCACUCGUCUGUUUUUGCAAAUGAACUCUCUGCAUUUUACAGUUUCUUAAUUGAUAUUGAAUAAACUCUACACAUUUCCAUACCUCAUAUACAUCACUUUUACUCAGUCCUUCGCUGAGAUAAUGUGACCUCAGCAGCUCAGAUCCUUCCCUCCUCGCCUCUCAGCUGCAGAAAAGAGUUUUUGGUGAAAUAUGACACGGGUUAUUGUAUUGCAACAAUUUGACACAUUUAUGAAUUUAUAUGGGAGGAGGAUAUUUAUGAAAGCGCUGUAAGUCAUAGAGGGGAAAUUGCAUUUAACACAGCACAUUUGCGGCCACUGUAUUAAUAUAUCAUUUUAGCCCAAGACGAAAUGCAAUCACGGAGACUUGGAUGUUCUUUGUUUUGGGAGUGCCCUCAAAAGAAGAUUACUUUAGUGCUUUAUCGGAGAAUCCCUGAGGGGCGAUGUUAGGUAACUUUGAACCAAUUUUUAUCUCAUUUUGGGUUCUGCACUGUGGAAGAUGGAUUAUUUCUAUUCUCUAUAAUGACAAUACAUCUACUGACCUUUUUGUUGAUGUGAUAAACUAAAGUGAGUGAGUUUAUAGCUACAGUGCUUAUGCGCUUGAGUUUCUGGGCUAUGAUCAGGUUUUGUGAAUGUCCAUGUAAAUGCAGCAUCCUGAUUUCUCAACACUGGUGCCUUAGUGAGCACGUGCAAACAAAAUACUACCAAGACUUUUUAAAGGGCACAUAUAACGCUACUGUCUGAUCUAUGUUUUAAUGUUUCCCCCUCAUCGCAAUCGUACCUGGAGUUGUGUUUUGUUUCAUUCACACAAGUUUAACACACAAACCCUGCAUAUUUAGUUCUUCUCUCAAGCGGAAAACACUCUGUUCCACCUUGUGAUGCCAUGUGGUAAUACAGGAAGUGCUCCACUGUGUUUUUAAACUCCAAACACCUUCACUACAAUAAUAAUUGGAUCAUUUCAGACCAGGAAUUGCCAAUAAGAGGUAGCUGUUAACUUGAAAACUACACGACAAGACAUCACAAAGCGGAAGAGAGCUUUUUAAAUGUUGGACUACUGAAAUAUAGAAAUAAUAUUUAAAAUUUUGGGUAACACUUUAGAUUAGGGACCACAUAUUAAUAGCUAGUUAACAGUAAAAUGCAUAAUAAGUGCUUAAUUACAUCUUUGUUAGUAUUUACAAAGUACUUUUAAUGCAUUUUUUACUAAGGCUGUAUUUUGCGAAUACUAACCCAUUUACUAUUUUCUUCCCAUUAAAGUAGUGGAGAUUACAGUAGAUGUUUUUGUGCAUACACUGAAAUCUUAAUAAACAUUCAUAAGUGUUUGAUUAAUAUUAACUAAGUAAGAGCUAAUUUGCAAACUGAUUACCACUUAGUUAGCUAUUAAUAUGUGGUUCCUAAACUCAAGUGUUACUAAAUUUUGUUAUUAUUAUAUUCUGCUUGUUCUGGAUUCAGUGUUUAAGAAAAACUAUUAUUAAACAUUUAUUUUAUUAAGAAACGGUUUAACAUUGCAUAUCUUGAAAAAAGAGAAAAUCUGCAGAAGUCGUUGAAAUAUUUCUAUAUUUAGUUUGGCCCAUGACUCCCAGUUUUUAAUUUUGGGCCUCUUUGAAUUUGAGUUUCACCCCACUUUGUCUAAACGAAAGGCACUUCCGAUAAAAUAUUUAGUCCUUUUUAUCCGCAACAGGCCCUAAUAAUGCAGGAUUACUCAAAAAUGUGAAUGAAACUAAACACAACUCCAGGUUUGUUUUUGAUGAGAUAACAUUAUCACAUGGAUUAAAGCUCACAAGAGUCAAUUAGUCAAUGUUGUGUAAUAUAGGACCUUUAAUUCAAGUCAUCUUAACUUGGCUAGAUUUGAGUUUUUCAGUGUAAACGCCAUUUUCAAAAGACUGUCAUCACCGGAAUAAGACUCAUAACUGGAAUACUCAUGCGCAUGUAAAUGCACGCAGUGACUAUGGCUCCUGCUAACCUGGCUUGUUUGAUUUCUUUCUUGGGAUGCCUGACAGGAAAAGGGAUGGGCAGAAGCUCCAAAGACUUGAUUUCAACUGAAUUGAUUGAUUGAUUGCAUUGUCUUUGCUUCUGCCCUCGCUAUUUCCAAUGGUGACAGGCAAUUUUGCAUUCAGUAUUUGAUGGAAUGUUUAUUUUAUGGUACUGUCAUAAUUUAACACACAUGACAGCAGAGAAGUAUAUUUUUUGUGUGAAAUCCCUCCCCAUAAUAACUGCAUGUUUGGUAUUGCAGCAACUUUUGUAUUUAGCUGUUGAAUAUUGAUGGAUGACUCACUUGUUCACUUUCUAUCGUCUAUUGCUUCAUUUUGUGUUGCCACAUCACACUUAAUAGCAGUUUUGUUUUGUGGAGGAAAAAACAUUUUAUUUUCACAAUGAUAGACCGAGACUUUUCACAGUUUUCUAUCAUUUAUUUCCCCCCGCACGGUACAAGUGCAAUUUCUAAAACGUGUUACAUUAAAAGCGUUUUUGUUGAAUUAAAGAUGACAAAGUGGAAGUGAUGCGGGAGAUGUCUCGUCGGUAAAUAACAGUGCUGUUGAUUUAAUUUGUGUUUCAUCUGAUGUGA